CAUUGGUCGGGAAAGAGGAAGAUGCGAAGGCCAUGGAGAACAGAUAGGGGACUUUACAAACCAUCCCACUGAUGAGAUUAAUUUGGUGAAAUUAGUCGUAUAUAUUGGGCUCGUCGCAGUUUGGAGGUCGAGUGGAAGGUCUGUGGAUUAUUGCGCACUGGUCAGGCCGGUGUCGGCAUUUUUCGUUUUGUUUGAUGUGUCGUGUCGGAUCGUUUGAUGUGAUGUCGGGCCCGCCGCGCGGAUUUGUAGGUGAAGUCACUCCCUAGAAAUGUAGCUCGGGGUUACAACACGGACAGAGCUAUCACUGAAGGUAUUGCUGUGUGGACGAUGCCCAAGCGAUGUCUGAUGUUGAGGCCACGUACGCAGACUUCAUCGCCUCUGGCAGGACAGGACGCAGAAACGCCAUGCACGACAUCCUGCAGAGUCCCACUGACCCCGAGGGACGAGAGCUGCCCCUCACCCUCUCUCUGUCCCAGCUGCACAUCAACGCAGGAGGGGGAGACGGAGAUGACACUGAUGACAGCCAGAGCUCCUCCUCCGCCCACAGGAAGGCAGAGCAGAGGAACAGCUAGCCUGCCCGGCAUUCCUGCCGUUAGAUGGAGAGUCGCGAGAGGGAUUCCAGCCGCCAGCGUGACGACUCCGUUCGUCCAGAGCAGGCUGGUUGUUGGAGGGUAGCAUCACUGCAGCUGAGGUGCCUAUGAGCAUGGCAUUGACCCCUGAAAUCCAGUGUAGAGGUGCUGUGCGGUGAUGUCUUCACACAGUGCUCUCAUGCUCCUGUGGCUCUGCUGUGCACUAGUAUAACAGGCUGAUGGCAUGGUGUGUUUUUCACAGUUGAAGUAAGCAGAGGGACACAUCUAUAGCUCUUUUACAGCUGAUUAUAGUUUCAGUCAUAGUUAGCACACAAACAGGCUGGAUGACUGGAGGAAAAAGAGAACUCAGACAGAGUCUUAGUGGGUUUUGUACAUUUGCAGGCAGUUUGUUAGAGCACCGAGACAUGCUGAUGUGAUGGCUCACAGUGGGAGUAGCAUGGUUAGUAGUGAUGGUGGUAGAGAUUAUAUUGCCAGUUAAUGGCUUGUGCUUCCUUUUUAAAUUGAGAAACACUGAACAAACACACACACACUACUUUAUACGUGUAAAGGUGUGUUCACUGACUCUGUUGUGUUCGAAAGGACACAACCCGGUAAUAUAUCAUGUGUGUGAAACUGCAGAUUAUUGGACGGCACUGAGUUGGUUGUGUGAGUGUUCUGUUAACCAUUAAUACACAUACAGUGAGCAUGGUGACACUUUUUAAUAGCUUGAGAAGAUAAAAGAUAGUGGUGUACUUUCUUUCAAGAUGUUUAUACUUUAGUUUUUGUAUUAACUCUUCUAUUAAUGGCAUUAUAAUCACAAAGGAGUUGGACAUUUUAGAUAAUUAGCUUUUUUUAAUCUCUGACCGAGAUGUAGAGGAGAGGAUUGAUAACGCUUUCUUGUCAUCAGAGUCAUCCAGAGGGUUAGCUUAGCAUAGGUUUUAACUAGCAAGUAGCUAGCCUAGCCUAGCGUUGUCUUGGAAUAAGAAAAUCUGCCAACACGCGCCUCUGAAGCACAUUAUUUAGAUUCACAGAAGUUAAAUAAUAACUACUAUAAAUGAACACUUAAAGCUAUCACUGUAAUUAAAUGGGGGAAAAAAUGAAGGUUAGUUAGCGUUGGAGGUGCUGAAUUAUGUUUACUUAAGACUGAGCCAAUACACUUUUUCAAUCUUAAUAUUAAGCUAAAGCAAAAUCUGUACAUGUGUGGUAUAAAAGUCUCUUUUGAUUCCUCCUGUACUGUACUUUUAUUUUAUUUUAUAUUUUUGUUUGCCUGCAGAUGAGCCACAUGUGUUCCUACUUUUUCCAUUUUUUUUUUUUUAUUGUGUUCUUUGGUUUCAUGAAGGUUAUUUUAAGUGUUUAGUACAACAAUUGUUCAUUAACGACCAAUAAGCUAGGGAGGCUGGUAAGGGAAGAUAAGCUAACCUGCUGCUGGCUCCUGCUACACAUUUAGUGUACAUGAAGUGAAUAGCUACAAAUCACGCAGUCUUAUUCUCAACGGUAAAAUUAAGAAAGUGUUGUUUUUUUUCACAAAAUGUCCAACUACUCCCUAAAUGUACAUAUGCAAUACUCAGUGGAGCUUCCAGUGAUCUAACACGUGAAUGUGAAGUCUUCUGUUUUCUGGAAACAUCCCACAAUCAUGACCCGCAGAGACCAUCAUGCAUGCACUGUUCAAACCGUGUGAAUCGUUCAUUUCUCCCCCAGUGUAAUCUCGAUGUAGUGCUGCAACUUAACUCUCCCUCUCUCUCUCUCUCUCUCUCUCUCUCAGUCUUAACACGUGCUGAUGAGAAUUAGGCAAACAUAACUGUGUUUUAUAAAAACGUAACCAAUCAGGUUUUCAAGUCGUAAACUGCCGUGUGACUGUAUAGUGACUCUCACUGCAACGACACUGUGUGAACCCUGCUGGUCAUAACUCAGCAUGUAGACAGACUGCAGGUGCAUGGUUUCUGAUCAAUGUGUAGUUGUUUGUCUGACUGCCUGUCGUCAUAUUUUUUACCCAAUGUGUCCAAACUGAAUAAAAAAAACUGGUCGCAGUAAAA